AUGUCGAACAACCCUCCACCGCCAUCCUUUGACCGAGACUCUUCUCACGACCUGACGAGCUUCCAGACCAUCGCCGCAAGAAUCCGGCAGUUGAGAGAUAUCAUCUCCGAAAUGGACGAGGACCGGAGUUUCUUCCUGCAUGCCCUGGACCGCUCUCUGCAAGAGUACAACACCGCAGACUCGACCGUCGACCCCCAGGCCAUCAGUAACCCUUCUUCGGAACCGCUUCCUACCCUGAGCCAGACUCUACAACGACACGUUAUCUCGCAGAGAGAGGCUCGGAGACAAGCCAGACAGGCACAGCAACAGCAGCAACAGCAGCAACAGCCUCCUCCACCUCCACCGCCGCCGCCACGCCCUCCACUGCAGAGACAGGAGUCUCUCGCCUCGUUGGCUUCCCUGCAGCGUGCAGAGCGUCAGUUCCGGCAGGCAAUCGCCAGUAUUGGGGCGGUAGAGUCGACACCACGGCAGCCUGAACGGGCACCUGCUAGAUCCCCACCCACGGACUCGAUGUCAGACCACCGCCAGUCCAAGCGCCGAAAAAUCGACGCUGACGACAGCAGAGAUACCACCAAGGGGUUCAGCUACAGCCACUAUGGCCAGGUCACCUCGGUGCCGCUGGAAAUGGAAGUCCAUAGCUGCAAGGGAGGCAGUGCCGAACCCGACAGACGAGGAAACUCCCCGGACCAUAUUCUGGUCAACGAUGGUAUCGCCUACAGGGCACAGGGCGGUUUCUGCAACAUCGUCCUCAAGCACCGUGGCGAAAUACCUUUCUCGCUGAAGAAGCUGAUCAUCAAGACUCCCAAGAGCGGAUGUCACGACGAGACAAAUGUCCGAGAAGGAACAGUGAGCAUAGCCAUGGACUCUGACUCACGCUUCCUUCGCUCGGUAGCCAGCUGUACCGCCGAUUCCAUGCCUGGGUUCCCAUCCCGCCGGCCUCGCCGUCGGAACGAACAGUUAUCCCCCUUCACAGCAGCGGCCAUGGGGAACACUAGACGACCAGAGACUUCAGCCUCAAUCCUUCGUGCCCGUAUGCUUCGAACCCGCGCCAGCCAGCAGCCGUACCAAGCCUUCGACUACCCGUUCGGCGGCAUUGACGUUGAAGACAAAUCUGACGACGAAUCAACCCAGCUGGAUGCCGCUCGCGACCAACUGGGCCUUUCUGACCCUGAGCCCUCCAAUUCGCGCGACAGUUCCCCGAACCACGAUGGCAGCGACAGCGAGAGCAGUGACGGCAUAUCUGGCGUGGCCGAGGCACUGGCCCAGAACCUAGAUAGCCGACAACGCCAGUUACUUGAGGCCCUCGGCGUUCGUGUGCCGUAUAUGCAGACUAGACCAUCGCAUCGGCACCGAGCACUCUCACCCACGACCGUCUUUGCUCGGCCAGCUGCUGAAACAGGACAAAACCAGGAGUCCGAUACCAUGCAGCCUGUCGCUAGAUUUGCGAUCGAACACGAGAGAGCCGCUGUACAGAUCAGAUUCAAUCCUCCAGUGUAUGGUCUCUCUCUUCUUUGA